AUGACUAGUGUGUACAUGUGGAAGUCGGAUAAUUCGCCUCCGGCUAAUGUCAUGCUCAUAUCCCUUCAGAGGAUCUUCGGUCAGUUUAUUGCCGAUCUAUCGGAGAAAUACUAUGUUCUUGGCUCAAAAGUUCCAUAUGAUCGUCAACUAGAGCCCACCGUCUUCGCUAGGCGUGCAGGGUGCUUCCUCUGGGAAAGCUUACUCGCGAGCUUACGUGCAGAGGCCAAGAAGGAGUGCAGUGGAACAACGGGUAAAACUACAUUUUAUUGCUCAGGAUGCUGUCUUGGUCUCUUAGGCUUUGAAAGUUUCACCAAGCAUAUCCUCAGUAAAGAACAUGCACUUGAAGAGUUGGAUUAUUACCCUGGAGGAGUUGAGGCUGGCAAUGAAUCUCGUGCUCGCAAGGAGGAUGCUGCUGCCAUUCUAGUAAGGCUACAAGGUUUUAGAGAGGCCAGAAGACUUGAAGAAGAAGAAGAAGAAGCCAAGUACAAAAAAGAAAGACUUGAAGAUCCUUAUUAUGAUGAAGAAUAUGACUAUGAAGCAGAAGCAGAGUAG